AUGGCGCAUCCCUACUCUUCCACCCCAUUGUACGCAGGCACGCCGUCAUACGCGCCUCAACAGUCAUACUACCCGCCUUUUCCAUCUAAUGGACUACAGCAGCCGAUAAAUACCACUCCAGGGAUCCCUCAGCAGCUUCCGCAACCGCAGUCGCACUCUUCCUACCAACCGCAGCCAUCGCCUGCUACGAAUGGCCCACGAUUCGAUGCCACUUCACAGAUUCGUCCUCCUGCGCCUCCUUUUCAUCCGUUUUCCCCUCCUACCACUACUCCAUUUAAUCCCGAUUUCUUCAAGCAAUUUGCAAGCGCUGGUUUCCCGCCUCCACCCCCUCCAAACUUUCCCCCAGUGCCAAUACCCGGUGCUGCGUAUCCGCAGUUGCCUGGUUCCGUGAAUACCUCCACUCCCUCGCCCUAUCCUCAACAUGUGGCUGCUGGAGCGCCAGUCUUUGGCGCAGGCUUUAAUUCAAAUGAACAGCCUCGCCAGCAUGGGGAAGACCAAUUCAUUGGCGCGCGAACGGGCUCACGAGGAGGAAUGGAGGUUCAGACAGACCCUCAGGUGUAUGGCACGGCAAUGGCUGUCCAGAGUGGGAUCUCACACCCUGCACACCCACAUUCUAAGCGGAAAGAUCGUGACAAGGACCAGACACUUCCCUCUUUUGGAUCGAGAUCAGAUAUCGAUAUGCUGUUCGCGAGCGCUCAAAGUCAGGCUAUGAUAGGUCAAGUUGAACAAGCCGUGAUCUCUUCACGAUCGAAAGAUACAAACAGCGCCGCUGAGCCUGACCUAGAAGCUGAUGGGAAUGUUUCGCCAUACGAUCCGACUCGCCCCGCGCCGAUCAACGACCGAGGACCAAGUGGCUUUGUAUCUUCUAGCAAACCUUCGAAAACAACCAAUCUGAGGCCAGUCGAGAGAACUUACGAUAAUAAGUCUCUUGUUGAGCUGCGACAGCUUGCGAAGGGCGCAGUCUUAUCUCUUGUGCCUCACAAAAUCCUCUACGCAGACCUGGUAAAGGAAGGCAUCAAUCCCCAAGUCCUGCAAGAAUUGUAUGAAGAGCUCGGCCUCAGGAUCGAAGCUGCUCAAUCAAAAGCUCGCGAUGAAUCACACGGUGAGCAACAUUCUAUGGUUGAUGGCAAUGAAUCAUCGACCGCCUCGCAACGGCCGGCCUUGCAGCAGCCCCAGGUGGAAUCGCCGAAAGAUACAGCGACAGUGUCCACGGUGCAAGCAAUAUCGCAUCCCACGAGGAUUAUUCCCUCUUCAACCACCCUUGGCCCAGGUGGGAUCAGUGAGGCCAUAGCACCACCGGCGAUCCUGGAUCUAAGGAAUCAACAGCCGGCUUCAAGUCCCAGUUUGGAGCGGAAAGACCGUAUUGCCCAGCUUCUCGCUGCAAAGACAGGUCGUCCGACACCUAAUCCGACAUCAGCUACGCUGACCCAGCCCGAAGGACCCAAAACACAUGCUCUGACUACAGCUUCUGCAGAGUCAAUCGGCGACGGCGUGCCUUCCUCCAGUCCACAGCCUCGGACGAUGCAACCGUCAGAACCAGUCGCUGUCCCUCAAGGAGCAAGCGGGACGAAACCGAAGGCUCAGACUGAGCUCGUAAAACAGAAAAUGGAACAGUUGAAGCGUGAAGCGCAGGCUAAGACAGGAGGUAAUGCACCUGAAGUUCCUACAGAGCAGGCGGCUCUCGGUCGCGACGUUGGUAGCGACGCUUCAAGAAUGAUUCCCCAAGUUGAAAGCGUCACGUCUUCGUCAGCAACCAAAAUUUCUACUUUUGAGAUUCAACCCUCAAUGCCAUCCCUGAUUCCGGGAUUGUUCAUGAGUUCGAAUGAACCAUCUGGCUUCGACGAAGUUACAAGAUCAGUGAUUGAGGUACCAAUGAGCUCUUCAGGGGGCGAUGGACAAGCGAAUCCUAUCGCCGAGAAUGAAUCGCCUGUCGAUCCUCCAAAUCUCCAACUACUAUCGUCUUCCACUGUCCCGGCAAAACGCCCGGCGGACGCUGAUUCAGCUACGAUGGACAUACCGCUCCCCAAGAAGCAGAACAUGCAACAAGAUCUGCAGUAUACCCCUUCGCUACCCCUUCCGGAAGGCGAAGCCGACUACCAGUCGGAGGGUGAGAUUGUCGAAGAGCCUGGGAGUGACGCUAUGGCGAUGGGAUCAGAUUCAGAACAAGAUAUGCAAGAAGACUACGUGCCACCUGUUCUAAUUCCGACCACUGCCGCGUCAAUAUUCAACAAGCCGACGCCUAUCAAUCAGACUCCGGCAACAGCAUUGCGAACAGCCUCAGUUAGCGACUCAGGAAAGGACGAGCUGUAUCGCGCCAAACAGUCAGAGAUUGAAGCUAUGCGUCGGAAGAUUGCUGAACUUGAGCAGCGGAAUAAGCUCAAACGAACCAGAAGUCAAAUCGAAUCCCCGUCGUCUUCGAACCCUCCGACGCCCGCAGUGACCGGUCAGGAACAACAGUUAGCCAGUUCACCUGUCCCACAAGCUAUCGAACUGCCUGGCGCCUCCCGUCCUUCAACUCAGCGUCAGGCUGCAGGUCCUUCAGCUCCUCCCGUGAUCUCCAAGCUAACUCCUGCACAACUUCAAGAAAGAGAGGCAGUGUUGAAACAGGCACUCCUGAGACAACGUGCUCAACGGCAGCAAGUGUUACAAGACGGCUUGCCUGAUCUGAAUGCGAAAGUGAAAAAGACCGAGACGCGAUUGGAGGACUCGCGCAAAGAGCUGGAGCAAGUUCGUGCAAAAAUUCAAAAUAUGCACAUGGAAUUGAAUCAAUUAGAGGUGCAGGAGAAGAGGUUGCUCGAAGAAGUCUCCAAAUUCGAGGAACAACUGCAGGAAGGUCGAUCUGGUCAGCAACGCUAUUCUGAUGAACUGCAACAAAUCAGGCUUGAAAAGCUUGCCGAAGCUCAAGCAGUUCCUGCAAAAGAGGAGUCCAUCACUUCUCCGGACCCAUCGCAUCCAGCGACAAGCACAAUCUCUGAGUCACAAUUAGACUUGGGCAACGGCCAUCUUGACAAUCAAGAUGAAACUUUGCAGAGGCAGCGAAGUUCGCUCAGCGUGCCCGUCGAGGCUGUGGGCGCCAGUCAGACUGCUGAGGCUGAGGCUGAGGCUGAUGCUGGCACGAAUAGCGAAAAACACCGCGGGCCUCUGAGUCCUUACAAUCCUCAGGAUACUCUUCAAAGUGAGAUCGAGCCCGUCCAGUCACUUGCGUUCGGCGACGCUGCACAGCAAUUUCGAACAGAUGAAAUGGAGAUCUCGCCUGAACCAGAGGAUUAUGUUGAAACGCAAGAGCACUUGCCAGAAAACGUGGAGAUGGUGCAGACACCCGACGAGGCCAUGGAUGUGGACAACGACAGUACUGGUAGUGCCAGCAUGUCUGGCUCAGAUGAUGAGGAGGAGUACGAGCCUGCAGAUGUCGAUACUUCACAGCCUAUGCAACAGUCAGGCGACGAUUCUGAUGAAUAUGACCCUGAGACAGCGCCGGUGGACAGCGUUACGCCGACGACCGUCCCGGAAGAUGGGCUUCAAGACUUUCACGAGGCCUCAGAGCUCGCCGAUGCUAGCCGCCCCCACACAGCCACCGAGACUCCAGUCAACGGAGCGCGAGAUGUCUCAGGGGCUACCGAGUCCGACGCCUCAUACGCGGAGGCACACGCAGGAAUCAAUGGAGUUGGUGCUGUGUCGGAAGUGCCAACAAACACUAAAGAUGAUCUCGAGUCCAGGGAUCAAUUGACUGAUGCUGAUACACUAGUCAGACCACCCCCUGGAUCAAAUCGAGAAACCGACGCCCUUCCCUUCCUGGACGGUACCUGCCCGCCACCUACGCAUUAUGUGCCAUACAAGACACCACUUAGCUCCUUCAAAAACUACCGCUUCCACUCCGACUAUCCAGAUACAGUCAAGACUGGCUAUCGCUCGUUAACGUACAGCAACAACAUCGACCCAUCCCGCCCGCUUUGCCCUACUGAACUUUCCGGCGAAGUUUGUGCUGAUCCUCACUGUGAGGAACAGCAUUUUGCUCAACUUGGACUUCCUGAUGAGAAGAUUCUCGUCCAAAUGAGUUCUGCCGGCGACAUCAAAGACAAAGCUACACGGGACGAAUUCCAUGCUGGGUUGAAGCAGAUUAUUGCCGGGUUGAGGGCCAACGAGGUGAAGGAUUUCGAAAAAGUGGCGGAAGCGCUUUCUGUGUAUCGACGGAAAUUCUUCGCCGAGAGAGAAGAGAAAGAGAGGCAAGAGGACGAUGUUAGCCAACAGGAAGUGCAACAAGAGCACCAAGAACAAGAGAUUAUGGACUCUUAG